AUGGAAAGCAAUGUAGACCUAGAGGCGUCUGAUUUACAGGUCACAGAUAACUGGGAGUUCGCAUCCGCCGUAGGCCCAGGCGCAGUUACAUCUAGGAUUUCAGUGCAAAAGCCGUGCAACAUAUUCUCCCAGUUUGGACAGUUCAAGAGGAAGUUGAUAGCAGAGAUUGGUUUUGAAGGCGUGCUGUCACUCAGGUCCCUGCCGAAGCUGAACCUGAAAUUCAGUUCGUUCCUCAUGGAGAGGGUGGAUGCAGACACAUGCGUAAUCACCAUAGAUGAAGGGCGUUCAAUCAAGUUCACAGCAGCUGAUGUCAACAAUGUUUUUGGGCUUCCAGUAGGUGGGAAAAGGAUAUCAACAUAUCCAUGUGACUUGUCGGAGGCAUGCAUUGAGUACAAGAAAUUUGCAGAAGAGCUUAGUGACAAGGGCACACAUAACCUGAAAGCUGCAGAGGCCAUACUAUUGAAAGACAUCCAGGAAGACUCGCCUAGGGUCGCCAUAGAGAUGUUUAAAAUUGCCGCUGUUAUUUUUAUUUUUGGGCAUUUGCUAUGUCCUUCGUCGAAGAAUGACUACACCAGCGUAGACUACUGGGGUGCACUGAACACAACUUUAGAGAUUAGUCAAUUUGAUUGGUGUGAAUUUGUCAUCGAGCACCUGUUAAGCGCUGUCCGAAAGCUGAAGACUGAUCUUCAGACACGGCACUCAACUAUACAUCUUGUGGUUGCCAUCUGUUCCUACAGGUUUUUGUGCUCGACAAUUUGGACCUGGGUCAGCAAACUCCUCGAGACCCUUCGACGCCCAGGGUCUGUGUUUUCGAUUAUGACAUCACCCGCAAGAUGA